AUGCAGCUAUCCAUAUGCGCACUCGCAGCUGUUGUUGUAGAAGUGGACAGCACGAUUGGCGAGAGGCACAUAUACUUCUUCCGUCCAGGGCCUCGGCCCAAAGAGCUGGCAAAGGCUGCGCAUAGGGACGACAGUGACUAUGGAGCUGCACCUCCCCAGACCCGAGCUUACCAGACUCGCACGGGGUUGCAUUCGAUAACAACAACAGAUCCGCUAGCUACCAACGCUCAGGGGCCUGUUCCGAUCAACACGGUCCUCGUUCUCCAGUCGUUGCACGGACAUGAGAAGCUGGUGGUGAGGUUCUGUGCCGAAGCUGUCGUCGAUCCCACGGAGAUGACGGCGUGGCAGGCACUACGCCUCGUGGCCACAACGUGGUGGCUCGGAUUAUUUGUUGACCAAAAGGAGGUAAAUCUGGCGCAGAAGAAAAAACCUCGCACAGCAGACUGGAUAGAGCUCCGGCUCGAGACGGCCUUUCGACGCUACCUGCAACACGUGGUCGAGAAGCAAGCAACGACGGCGGCAGCGCCGUCGCGGCGACUAGCUGUGACGUACAUUCCGUGUGGGAUCCCGGGGGUGGCAUCAGAACGAAUACUCUCUGGCACAGCUGCUGGCCAGCAAGACAAAGACGUGGACGAGGUGGAGAUCCGGGUUUUGACGCCGGUUUUCUACAGACGGUUCGUGUGCUAUGCUCACGACGUCGAGGCGCUCUUCUGCGAGCUGCGCGAGAGCUGCACGAUUGACGUGUCGCGGCCGGAGCUGCUGGCGAAGCUGGUGCUGGCCAAGACGCCACGACCGCCACUGCAGGUGACGGGAGUCAUCGACUUUCUCUUCUUCAAGGCCAUCCAGAGGCUGCGACGACGACCGGAGCGUCUCGCCCCCCCCGCAAAGUUGCCGGGUGCAGCUUCUUCGUAUGUUUCCACGGGCGAUCUCCGGGGCUUCCGGCUCUCUGCCAUGGACGGCUUCGUGCUCGCCCUCAAAGACGAGGCCGGUCGAGACUUGCGCAGAAGUUACAGGGCCACAGUUCUGGCCGUAUUUCUGGCAGACAGGACAGCGCUCGGUUCCUACCGCGUCUUCCAGGCCCAGUGCCUCCUGGUGCGGCUCCUGGUGGCGUGGGCAGCAGUAGAAGUGGUCCUGUCAGCUUGCAGUCAUGGUUGA